AUGACGGGAAUCUGGUCCUCAAUAAAGGCUGCGGCGCCGGCACUUGCUCAGUCACAGCAGCCGCACGAAAUCAGCACCGCCCGACCACCUUCGCCCCCGACGACCCCAGGCGCUGCUCCGACGUCGCGGUCUCCGCCCAGGCCUUCCACUUCACUCGACGCCCGCACGCGCACUCGGAGCCAAGACUCGACGACGCCCCAGUCUCACUCUCGAAGCCCGGGCAUAAAAAGAGCUUCUAGACUCUCGCGCAAUAGCACCAGCAUUACCAUCAAGGCAACGAGUCAAGCUAAAGACAGAGAUACCGAGACCGAGGAUGCAGGCGAGUUUGGCGACACCACUGCUGCAAUCUUGGGGACUGGAAACGGCUCAGGGAGCAGCGCUGAUGUAGUGAAACCUGCGCCGUCUACCCCGGCUUAUACGCCUGGCGCCAGCUCUGCGAUUGAUCCUUUGUCACAACAAAUCUUCAUGCGGAAGAACACCGAACCGUCGAUCCCACAGCGACUGACACAGAUGGCCGAAGGACUUGCGCGCGCCAGCUCGGACCUCUCAAGAAAUGUGGUGACGACUAGCGAGGCGGCCAAGGAGAAGAGCAAUAAGAAAGGGGGCUCGUUCCUAAGCAGGUUAAGCAUGCGCGGCAACCGAAAAAAGGACUCGGGGGACCUGGACUCGGAUUCGGAGCUCGGCAGCGAGGCGCGGAUGGACGGCUCAACUGCACACGUCUUCAGCGAGACACGGGGCACCCCCUUGAUCGGCGGAGGCUACGUACCCCACCAUAAGGAGCCGCCGCGAUACAUACGAACGAGGGCGACCAAUAAGCGAACCCGGGAGUUCAACCGCAUGUUUCUCGCGCAGGAACUGGUUGGGACACGGCCGCCAGAGGCCAACGGAGACUCGAUGGUUGAGGCGGGGAAGGCGCCCACGGUAUCUGUCAGCGUGGCUGGCGCCAGCGACAGGAAGACCAUGAGGACAGGGGGCGCCAUCUGGGCAACCGAGUUCAGCAAGGACGGGAGAUACCUCGCUACGGCAGGGCGCGACCGUGUCGUCAGAAUUUGGGCUGUGCUCUCAACACCCGAUGAUCGCCGUGCUCACGAGGAUGACGAAGCCGUCCACGGCGACGCUGGGGAGAGGCUUAGCGCGCCUGUUUUCAGGGACCAGCCGGUCAUGGAGUUCCACGGGCACACUGGAGAAGUUCUCGAUCUCAGCUGGAGCAAAAACAAUUUUCUGCUGUCGUCCUCGAUGGAUAAGACGGUGCGCUUAUGGCACAUGAGCAGGUCCGAAUGUCUCUGCACGUUCAAGCACCAGGAUUUUGUCACUCGGUUAGCGUUCCACCCGCGAGACGACCGCUUCUUCCUGGCAGGCUCCUUGGACACCAUGUUGCGGCUGUGGAGCAUCCCCGACAAGGCGGUUGCCUUCUCGGCCCAGCUACCGGACCUGGUUACCGCCGUCGCCUUUUCUCCGGAUGGGGAAAUCGCCAUCGCUGGACUCUUGAACGGGCUCUGCAUGUUCUAUGAAACUGAAGGGCUGAAGCUGAGCUCGCAGAUCCACGUCAGGUCUUCGCGGGGUAAGAACGCGAGGGGGAGCAAGAUCACUGGCAUCCAAACGAUGGCCAUCCCGCCACCAAACCCGAUCAACACGGCGAGUUUGCAGCCUCCAGGCUCCGCCUCGACAUCGGUGAGGUCAACAGAUGUUACGAACCCAAAAGAGGCGCGGGUGCUCAUCACCUCAAACGACAGUCGAAUACGAAUUUACAAUCUUCGCGACAAGUCCCUCGAUGUGAAGCUCAAAGGGCACGAGAAUCAGUGCAGCCAAAUCGCGGCGACACUCUCCGACGACGGCAAGUACGUAAUCUGUGGAAGCGAGGACCGGAAGACGUUUAUCUGGAGCCUGACUGGGACUGAGGUCCUCGUUCAGGAUAAGGACAAGUCUCCAUGUGAAUAUUUCGAGGCCCAUGGGGAUAUCGUCACGACAGCGCUCUUUGCCCCCACCAAAACUAGGAUGCUGCUUGGUCAAAGUGGCGACCCGAUCUACGACCUCUGCAACCCGCCACCUGUUGUGCUCCAAAGCCUCGAGGAAGCCGCCAGCGCCGCAACCAGCCAAGUAGCUCUUACGAACGAUUCGCAUCAGGCCCCAGUUGAGCCGGCCUCCAAGCGGCCCGAGCCGAGUCCGGCGUAUAUUGCAAGAUCGACUCACUAUGAUGGCAACAUUAUCGUCACCACAGGCGAUACAGGCAUAAUAAAGGUUUUCCGGCAGGACUGUGCGUUCGCCAAGCGGAAGCACGACAACUGGGAAACGAGCAGCACCUUCAGCCGCAAGCUCACAGCCCAUGGCGGCAGUUACGUUGGUGGCGGGCUGGCGAGGAGUGGUAGCGUCCUGACACGGACGAGCGCGGGCAGCACCGCACAUAGCAGAAGAGGCUCGCUCAGUCAGUCUAUUGCAUCCAGCACCAUCGGUUCUCAUCAACUAAACGCCCUGGGCGUCCACUCCGAUCGUAUUCUCAGCUGGCGGCUGGGCAUUGAGCACGGCGGGGACAGGCGCUCUGCUCUGCUGGCCAACGGGGGCGGCACACCGGCCCGUAGCGAGCGCUCUCUCAGCCCAACCAAGGCCAGCCGAACGUCGCUGAACUCGGCGUACAACCUGGCAGGGGAGGCAAGGAAGCAACCCUAUGGCGGUGCCUCGCCGGCUCGGAACAGGGCGGACAGCACCGUGACGAGCCCGACCGCGAGCGUGCUCGGCGCCCCAUCAGAGAGGCUGCUGCCGACGCGGUUGGUGAAGGACAAUAACGACCGCCCAAACAAGGAGCGGCGAAAUUCGAAAAAGCAAGAGGAACCACCAUCAGUCCCGCCCACGCCAGGAUUCACGCUGUGCUCUGCUGCCGAGGAAACUAUGAAUAGCCCGUCGACGUCGGACUCGGCCGGAGGGAGCUCAUCGUUCUGGAACCUGGGUCGGUGGCGUGGGAUUACGGGCUUCAGGGCGUCGUCGUCGAAUCAGGGGACGGCGGCAAAUCCGCGUACGAGGAUCAGCGGGGGCCGACCGUCGCUGUCUAAAUCGAGGAACCAGACAGAAAUUUCCUGUGAUGAGCGGGAAGUGGAUGACAAGGACAGGGGUCAGGGAGAGACAGGCUCGAGGCGACAGAGUGCAGGGAUGGUGUCUGUCAAGGGCGCGGGCGAUGAUGCUCAGGCCGAUAGGAGGAUGUCGAUUCCGAAUGCGGCUUCGCUUCAGCGAGAGGGAGAGUCUAAUGUUCCGACUGUUUCGACGGACGGUGGCAGGGAGAAGGAGGGUCCGUAA